AUGGAAGCUUGCACAACGAAUACUACUCGAAUGGGUCCCUCCAAUGUAACAUAGUAAAUCACAUCAAAACCGGAGUCUCCUUCAUCUCAAUCAUUAUUUGACGAAGAGAAUGAGUUUAUUCAUCGAAAUAUGAUUAAGGACAAAAAGCAAGAAGUUUUGGGUUAAAGUCGUAAAGUAAAAUUAUGCUUUUGAAUUAGUCUGAUUAUUUAAAGCAUGCAAUAUUUUUAACAAACAGAUCGCUACGAAUGAGUGAAAGAUCGAAAUCUUCACAGUUUGUCAUAAAUUUUAGGAAACAAUACUUUAUACAUAGAUUCAUAAACAAUCUAUUUACAAAUCUUUAUUUCAUGAAGUAGGACCAAAGAGUAAGAAUAAACCAAGUUUUAGAUGAAAAACCAGCUCAAUAAUUUUCUAAAAAUAGCUGUACCUAAAUACAAUAAUAUAAUUUAUAGCUGAGGAUAAGAAAGAAAACAAAUGGAUAUUUCUCCCAUCAACUCAUUUCAUAAUGAUUUGGGAUAUUUUGGGUCUGUUAUUCCAUCUUAUAAUGCUGUGGAUCAGUCCUUUUUUAUGUUCAUUCUAAGAUUACAAUAAUAAGAUUAUGUAAUAUCUCUAGUCAAUAAUAUUAUUUUACUUAAUUUUUGACUUUUUAGUAAUGUUUAACAGAGCCAUAAUUAUAGAGGCAGUAAUAGUUUAUUAACGUAAGGAUUUCAUUAAAAAUUAUCUAAAAUCUAAUGCUAUUUUUGACUUUUUUAAUUUGGGUAUAUGGAUGGGAUUAAAAUAUGAAUAUUUUCAUUUGUAAUGCAUGCAAGAGAUUCUAAUUGUAUGCUAAGUGUUUUUGAUAUAUAAAAAGAUUUAAAGAUAUAUAACCGAAUAUUUCCAAUAAAUAUAUUGUAGAGGAAAUCAAAAUUUUACAAUAGAUUUAAUUUCUUUAAUAAUUUAAAUUUACUACUUUGCUCAUAUCAUCGCAUGCAUUUGGCAUUACGUUGGAUCAUCAACUGAAAGUCUGGGGAGAUCAUGGUUAAUAGACAGACAUUUAGAAGAUAAAUCAAUCUGGAACAAAUAUAACGCUGCAUUCUAUUGGGCUACGAUGACAAUGACAACAGUAGGAUAUGGGGACGUGGUUGCAAUAAAUGAAAUCGAAAUGAUAGUUUCCUCUAUUGUUAUGUUUCUUUCCAGUUGUGCUUUUGCCUACACCAUGAGUUCUAUAGGGAUUAUCUUAAAGAAUAUAUAUGACACAUAAUUAACUUAUAAGUAAUUGUUUGAAUUGAUUCUUGAUAGAAAAAAUCUGAUUCAAAUAACACAAUUUAUGCUAAAAAACAACGUGGAUGAACAAAUACAAGGGAGGAUCAGGAAUUACUUAAAUUCUCAGUUAUAUUAAGAGAAAAAGGAGAAUAUGGAUGAUGUGAACAAUAUUCUAAAUUCCCUGCCUUUUAAUUUACAACAGGACUUAAAUGCUGAUAUCUAGGCCAGAGUAAUCAAGCAAAUAAAAUUAAUUAUCAAUCACUUUUCCAAAUCAACCUAAAUCUAAGUGGCUAAGAAUCUUCAACUAAUUUCACUAUUGGCUGGAGAUGUGGUGUAUAAAUAAGGUGAUCUUUCGGAGGAUAGUCUGUAACAAUCUCUAUUAUUUAAGUUAUUUUAUACAUAAGGGAGAGGUGAAGUAAACUGAGUUCCAGACCAAAACCACACUUAAAACGCUGUAGAAAAACUAAUAUCUUGGGAUUUAUUCUUUCUUUACUGGUUUUUGUCCCAAGGAAACAGCCAUAUGUAAUAGUCCAACUCAGUUAUAUAAAAUAAAUAGGAAGAAAUUCUUAGAGAUUAUUCGAAGUAACUAAAAGGAUCAUGAAAUCUUCCAUCAUAUCAAGGACAAAAUUAUAUUUACAAAUAAUUUGGUGUUGUUUGAUCAUAAAUGCAAUUUCUGUUCACGACCUUUUCAUUUGGAAAUCGAUUGCCCACUCAUAUCGUAUAAACCUGAUUUAGAAUUGAUAUUGAAGAAAGAAAACUUCACUGAAAAAUUCAAUAGCAGAAUUAUGGUGAAACGGAAAAACAACAGAAAUAAUACUUUUGGGUUUUUAAAUAAAUUAAAUUAAACUCUAAAUUAGUUUUAAGAGGAUUAAUAGAUCUAACUUUUAGGUAUGAAUGAAAACAAUCAAAAUGAAACUCCACAAUACAGAACUGGAUUGUCUGAAGUUGUCUAUCAGAAUUCGGCAUAAAUGAUAGCUUAAAAUCUGUAGAAUCUCAGUGCCAGUGACGAAGAGAUACAUUCAGAAAUGUAACAUACUCCAUAAUAGUAAUCAAAGCAAGUUAUUUCUUAAUAAUUGGUAAAAACUCAAAGUAGUAUUCCUAUUAUGUAUUCUAGGGUCGUCUGUAUCAAAAAUUAAAAUUGGGAGAAUUGAAUAUCGGACAUCCAAAAGUAAUUUUGCACCCAUCACAGAGAAUUUAAAUGGAUCAUUUUGCAUUCUUGAUGAAGUCAAACAUAUUUUCAAUUACUAAAAUACUUUUAAUUUAGACAAAGUGCACUUUGUGGGUAUUUCUUAUAUGCCUCAAUACUCUUUGGAGGCUCAAGUGAAACAAAUGGCCAAAACCAUGAAGAGGAAGAACCAGAGACUCUAAAGAAUAUAUGAUAGAUUUGAAAAAUACACUUUCUUUCAUAAAGUGAAACAAUUAUCUCUUAAAUUAAGGGUGUAUUACAAAAGAAGCAAUAAAUCAACUUUACAAUGA